CUGAUGAGUACGGGAGAAUUUACCUCCUCUCGUCCUCACUUCACCCCACCCGUAACCACGAGAAUGAAGAGUGCUGCCCUGGAUGGAAUACAUCACGCGAGGCGUCUGUGGGCAGGAAGGGUGCCGUGAAACGCGGUAUUACCUCGACAAUGGCCUCUGGUUCUGUAGGCGGGGUCAUCAACAGGAGGGGCGACAAGUCGAAGCCGAUGGAGAUGAUUUUGGGACGCAAGGCCGAACGAGUCGCGUGAAGAAAGCGGCGGUCGAAAAGACCCAAAGGAUCUACCGGGGUCGUCAGGCAUCUCGCUUGUUUCUGCAGGUCUAUCAACUAGUCCUCUGGAAACAAUCUUACACCUUGGUCCAAAGCCGCGGCUUUCCGCCAGAGUUUGAGAACGUGAUUCGAGAUCUAUGGGCCCUUCAUCUGGAUACCUUCGCGGACCAAGUCAAUGAAUUAUCGGAGGAGGACGAUGAGCCACGAUUCUUCAGUUCUCAGCCGGCUUCCAGCUUCGAUGACCCUCAAGACACGAAGCUCGGUACAACGCCCACAAAAUGGCCUCGGCUCAUCGACAGUAUUGCCCUCUGCUAUAUCGCCGCGCUCCUGAUGAGACUUCCUGUGAGCAUUGAGGGCUUUCAUCGGAUGGCCAUACGAGGAGAAAUACCUUUCAUCAGGAUCAUUAAAGAUAUACCUCGCGACAUGCGAGACAGACUGCCGCCCCAAUUCAUUGCUAUCCUCGAAACUACGAAGUUGAUUCAGGCGGAGCAUCUUCAUGGAGCCGUGGCGGAUCUCUUGUCGUACUACCACCAUAGGUUCGGCAUGCACUUUCCGCCCUUGAACUGGCCUUUCUUGUUGUAUAGAUACAUCAAACGACUUGCGCUGCCGAUCGACAUCUAUCCCGCUGUCAAAAGACUGCAACAUUUACUGGGGUUUUCUUUUGAGUAUCCCACGGGUACACAUGGCAGGAGGAGACCGCUGCAACUACCGGAAGUACAAAUAGUUGUCCUGAUUGUCAUCUCCACCAAACUUUUGUUCCCGUUCGACGACUACAACAGAUACCCUCUCUCUCCGAAGGAACCUUCAGUUCAGGUCGUUGAUUGGGCGCUCUGGGCGCAAAAUCAGAGAAACUUCGACCGCGAAGAGACUUCUGGAGGCCGACUGGGCAAAGGGAACGAGAUCUCGGUGACCGAGAAAGACAUUCUGAGUAUGACCCCUUCUCAGCUAGAUGAGUAUAUGAAUUGGUACGAGAGCUCGUGGCUCGACCACAGCAAAGCGCAAAAUCCAUUGGCCGAUUUCUUCCCAGUCAACAUCAAUGCAAACGAAAAUCAGGCAGGCAGCACGCCGGUAGAGGGUAAUGAAGCGGAAGCUCUACUUGCUAUGCUGAGGAUCUCUACAAGUCAGCUGAAGUCGACGAAGGUCAUUACGGGAGAGAGCAUUGAUACGCCCCGGCCAGGCUCCGCCUAUGCGCGCUACCGGACUGAGGCCGAUCUUCCUGAUAUGGCAAGGCCCUUCUUCGAGACCACCGCCAAGAUAGCUGGGAUCUCGCUCUCCACUCUGGUUCGCGCGGUGUCUCAGGCCGAACAUAAGAUAACCAAGUGGCUAGAAGAGCACCGACGGGUCGAAGCUAUCAGAGAUACGUUGGGCACGGACUUGUCCAGUGAAACAAGCGAGAUGGAUGCCGCAGAUAUGUCAGAGUCCGAGGAUGGGCAGUGAAGAAACAUAUACAUCCAAGAGCAUCCAAAUGAAGUUGUAUGACUGUGUUUCUCCGAGGGGACUCGAGAGCAUGUGAAAGUUUCAAUCUUUUUGAAUAGUCUCAAUGGAGCCAAGACCAAAACAAUGGAAG